AUGCGGCCUUCGUCCGGUAAGACUCUGGGAUCAGACGUUCCCUGGAAACCUUCGCAGGCCUUCGUCUCGGGAGUGCCGCAGCGGUCAGUUCAGCUGCCUUCCAAGGUGGCCCUGGCAGCAGAGUCCAGCUCCUUUUCCCUGGCGGAGUACCCGGAGAACGAGGAGAACAUCAGCAAUGCCUCUAUUGUGUUUUGGGGUGUCUUCGGCCUCCUGCUUCCCCUCCUUGGCGGCUUUACUACGGGCUUGAUCUUCGCAGCUUUGGGCUGGGGCCUGUCCACCGGCGGAAUUCUCAGUUUCGUGAAGAAGACCAAGUCCAUUGAGGAGUAUGCCGAUUACGUGACGCAGGUCAGCGACCUUGGCAAGAAGGGUGGCGAGUACGGUCUGAAGGCAUACAACUUCGUGGCGAAGAAGACUGGAGAGAUGUCGAAGUGA